UGUAGGGCCCUUCGGAAGGAGGAACAACUAAUAAACCACUCUCAUCCUACCAAGCACACUUUGUAUAGAAAGGUUUAUAGAAAGAAGAAUGGAAAUAACUGCACAGCCAGAUCAUGCAUACACCAACACCUUGUGUGAUCAGAUUAACCCGACGGAGUUCACAUAUAAAAUGAGCAACAAAGAAAUAGAAAACUUUGUGAAGUUGCGGGUUUCAAAUAGUUACCUCUUCUCUGGAAUGAGAAAUAGCUCCAAAUGGGCAUGGAGGACCAUCCUAAAACAUAUGGGCUUGCAUCGUAGCAUGACCCAUCGUCAAGCCUCUAAAAAAUGGGAAAACCUGAAGAAGAGAUAUAAGGAGUUAAAGAAUCCUCCAGAAGGUGUCAAAGCGGUGCCUGAAUCGUGGCCUUUAUUCUCCCUGCUAAAUGAUGCCAUGGAAGGUCGGCUGCAGGGCUCAGCCCCUAUCCUCAAGGCCCUUUCUAAUAACAGCAACAACAGUGAUUUCUUACCAGCACCCACCCCCAAAAGGAGAAGGGUUUCCAGCAUGGAGGUAUCUACUGCUGUAGAUCAUCGAGCAGGUAAGGCAGAGGUUGAAGUUCUGCUGAAUGGAGAUGAGGACGGGAGUGCUGUAGCAACGCUGCAAGAAAGUGAAGAGGUAAAUGAUUUCAUUCAGGAGGUGGAUAUCAGCCUGGACAGCGAGCCACUGGGGAGCAAGAGUGAGCAGCUGCUAUUAGAAAGAGAGAAAAAGAAUCGGGAUAUAGCCGCUCUUGACCGGGAAUGGGCGUUGCUUGAGAGGGAGAAGGCGACGAUGGAGAGGGAAAGGGGGGUGAUGGAGAGGGAGAGAGCAGUGAUGGAGAGGGAACGGGCUGUGAUUGAGAGGGAGAAGCUGAUGCUGGAGAAGGACAGAGAUGCUCUGCGCAGCGAGAGACUUGCUCUGGAAAAAGAAAAAGCAAGGUGGGAGAGACGUUUUGCACAAAAAGAAAUAACUGAGGAGACUGCAGAAGAUGGCAGCAAGGUGAUGAACUCUGAUGCAGUAGAUAGAAAAGAACGAUUUCUUUGUUUGUUGGAAAAACUUGCAGAGAGUAUUUAAGAAAAUCAUUGCAAUAGCAGUUUUCAAUACCUUUAAUUACUGUGCCUUGCAAAAGUGUUAAUGCCUCUUGUACUAUUUCACAUUUUGUCAAGUUAAAACUACAAACUUCAGCAUAAAUUUAUAGUAACUUAAUGUGAUAGACAAACACAAAAUUGUGAAUAGUUGUAAAAUAGAAUAAUAAAAGUGACUCUGUUUCAGAGACCAUUCCCUGUCUUCCUGUCCAAGCCCAAAAAACACCCCCACAGCAUGAUGCUGCAACCACCAUGUUUCCCUGUGGGGAUGUGGUGUUCAGGGUGAUGAGGGGCCGAAUGCAAAUGCAGGCCACACUUUUCAGAUCUUUAUUUAUAAAACAUUUUGAAAACCAUAUAUCAUUUUCUUUCAACUACAUAUGUAGGCACUACUUUCUGUUGGUCUUUCACAAAAAAUCAAAAUGAAACACAUUGAACUUGAAUUGUACUGUGUAAAAUUUAAAGGGUUAAAAAACGUUUGCAAAGUACUUUAUUUAAAAUGAAAUCCCACCACGUGUGAUUGUAUUUAAUUCCUCUAAUACAUGGUUGGGAUCCCGAAUCCAUCUUAUUGUUCUAAGUGUGGAUAUUUUGCACAGAAUGCUGAUACACACUGUAUAUGGUCAUAUGUUUAUUUUCUAUAUUGUAUCGUCAUAUUAUUCAAAAUACACAAAAAAUCUUUCAAUAAAAAAGCAUUGAGACUCCUCUUGAUUGGAGAGGUCUUCAAAUCGA